AUGGCGCCAUUCACGAUUGAUGUGCGGAAUGUUUCCGGAGCCAUCAAUAGGACCGAGAUGGAAGAGACGAGCGAUAACCCAAGCCAAGAGCUCGCUGCAGUUUACCGGCGGUUGAUAGAGGUCGACUCGACCUUCAAAAAAAUCAUCAACCACAACCCAGAACUUAGCCUGGAGGACUGGAAAGCACGCAAGAAGGCAAAUCCAAACGAGCUCGGCCCUUACUCGGACCUAAUCGAACAAGGAUUUGCUCUUCGAGCACACGUUCACGGCAUUCUCAACCCGACGGACAGCAGGCUUCUCAACUUGCCCUUCGAGCUCCUAGAUCUGAUCUGUUCUCACGUCGACGCCGUCUCGGCAAAGGAAAACGAUUUCACCUGGGCGCAGCCACACAAGAGGCGAAAAGUAGACAUUGAAACUCUCCAGUCCCUUCGUCUGUCUUGCCGCCGUCUCUGCGAAGCAGCAUCCCCUUACUUGGUUCCUACCAUUACGGUCCACGUCACACGGAAAUCCCUCGAUCGUCUGAAUGCAAUUUCCCGGCAUGCGACCAUCGGACGAGGCGUGCGCUGUAUCCGCAUUCCCCUAGGCUUCUACGAUGGACUCGCGGCAUACGCACAAGAGAAUUUCAUUCUCUUGGCGAAGCACGAGCUCCGGAACUUGUUCCGUCGGGAACUCUCGCAUGGGAUGACGCGUCAGGACAUGCUGUCUGACGGCGCAAAAGAGAAUCUUCAGGCGAUAUUCGAUCUUUUGGAUCGGCUCACCGACGACGAGCCUUGGGAUGAGGAGCUUUCAAAUGCAUUUCACGAAGGAUUCAUUGGUAAAGCAUACGAUAAAUACGCGCGCCUUGAGGCCGAGCAAAAGCACCUUCACGACGAUAGGUGGCACAGCUUCUCCGAUAUUGUGUCAUUUGCAAUGAAGCGGAUGCCGAGUGCGACGAGACUGGAGAUGAGCGAUUCGUUUGAACCGCAGUGGACUCCGCCUGAAGGAGACGCCCUCGUCAACGAAGACGAACUUUACCAGUACCUGAUAACUCCUCACCGAUGGGAGCACGCAGCCACAGCGGUUACUCAACUCGAAGAUGACCUCAUGAGCGCUCGACGGCCGUUCGGAUUCAUCCCAGGCGUUCUCGGAGCUACCGGGGUUUUCCUGACACGGUUUGCUGUGCGAGUCACCCCGAUGCACUUCUGGGCUGCAUUUGAGACGGUCGGGGAUGAGCCGACAAUAGAUGAAUACAAUUGGGUUACUGAACAGCUCCGUUGCUUCGAAUUCACGAGCAAAUACUUGCUCAGCGAAGGCCCUUCCAGAAGACCCCAGGUCACCUGGUCGAAGUUUCACGAUGCGGCUGGCUUUGAAGGUUGUGGGAAGCUUCUCAGUGUUCUUACCGCGACGGACAGUCUAGAGCGCAUCUCGAUCGACUUGGAGGAGUUCAGCCACGAUGCAGACACAAUCGAAAUCGGACCACAAAAACCGUGGCAUUUCAACUGGUUUGUCCAAACGCAACCAUGGCCCAAUCUCCAACGACUUACACUUUCGAAUGUGCGUCUCAACUCUCACGACUUUGGCGUGCUUCUUGGCGAUAGAGAGAUAGAACUCAGUCUGAGCUCUGCUGAGAUGGUUCAAGGUACGUGGGAGGAGACAUUGGAUAUGUUGCGGCGCAAAGCCGACGCGAAGCAGCGGGGAGAGCAGGGUCUCGCGCCGCUUAGAAUUAUGGCUUUGACAAGUCUGUCUGGGGCUGAGUGCAAGGAGAUGGGCGAAGAUGAGUACCGCGUCUUGAGUCUUGCGGCUCAGGGCUACAUCUGGGGAGGACAGUGCUGCAAGCAAUUGAAGCUUUUGAUGAAUCCAAAUAGAGACAUAAUUUACUUGAACAGCGUGAAUAGGAAAAGAGACAACAUUGGAACCUUCAACCAAUCUGGGUUUGUAUACGUCAGAUUCGAUCAAGUACUCAGUAUGGAGGACUCAACGAAGCCUCAUGUAGUUUCAUCGGAGCCACUGGAGAUUGGAGAUGCUAAAUGGAUGACGUUGGUCAAGUCGGUUCCCCCUCAGAUAAUGAUCUCAUACGAAACUACACUGAUCAAGUACAGAGACGUGGAUGGUAAAGACCGCGUCUGGGAAGGAGUUGAGAGGAAGACACGCGCAGCAGGCAGCUCAGUCGACGCGGUGCAUAUCGUUGCCGUGUUAAAGAAAGAAACUGGCCCAGAGCUUCUGCUUCAGCGACAGUUCCGCCCGGCUGUGGGCAAAAUCUGUGUCGAACUUCCCGCUGGACUGCUGGACAAAGGCGAAACCAUCGAACAGUGCGCGAUCCGCGAACUCGCAGAAGAGACAGGCUACGUCGGUACCAUCAAGCCGGAUUCGUAUGUGAACAGCCCAAAGCUUUUCGGCGCCCCUGGCUUCUCCAAUUCGUGCUCUGUUAUGGUCCAUGUUGAUAUAGACAUGCAAGCAGAGGAAAAUCGCAACCCCAAGCCGAGCUUGGAAGAAGGAGAGUUCAUCGAGUGUUUCUCACUGCCCUUGACCAGCCUUUACGUCGAAUGUAGGAGGCUAGAGGCCGAAGGUUAUGCUAUCGAUGGAAAGCUCGGGUCUUUGAUAGAGGGCUUUCAAAUGUCCCAGGGCUCUCUGUCAAAUAACAAAGAUGACCAGGGUUCUAAAGUCGUCUUGAUGGAAAUGGGAAAGCCUGAACAAGUCUCUCGGCGAUACGAAGGCUACCCAACGGAUGAGUUAGUGAUGGUAUCGGAUCAUGAGGGCGGUAUUCACGAUGUGCCGAACCAUUUGUAUCGAAAAUCUGUCAAAGGUCUCCUGAUACGAAGAGCCCUGUCCGGUUUACAUGCUCGAAGGGGUUCGCCGUGGUCACACCAGGAUCAUAAUCGCGAUGAAGAAUUUUCAAUGGAUGAAUGA